AAUCGUAUCAGCCGUACAGGCUACAUUCUCCUGCGUGGCCGGUUUCAUCGUGUGCAGAUGGUCGUGCCCGUUGAAUUUCCUGCAGGCGUCGCAUUUCCUGUCCGAAUCGUACGCAUGGUUCGCCGCUUCUUACUUUUUCUACGACAUUUGGUCCAUGUACAAGGUGUACGCGGCGGAAGCGUCCAACCGCAUUAUGACCACGCUGGGACUGGCCGCAACCAACAACGGCGCGGCCCGAAAUGGCAAACCCAGCACCGGAGCAGCGGACGCCCUAGAUCAGAAACCUUCGGAGGUGCAAGCCCUGAGUGACAUUCCGAGUAUUAGCAACGGAACGCUAAGCAUUUUGUCGGCGGGCAAGAUGGGAAUCCCAAGCUUCGUUCGCUAUAUGAUCUCGCACAAACUUAUGGUAUUCCAUCAUCUGUUCAUCGGAUCGUACGGUUUGGUAGUCAUUGCAUACCUUCGCGGCGGAUUGGGAGAUUGCGUAUUCAGUUUCAUGUACAUGAUGGAACUUUCGACGCCGUUCGUAUCAUUCCGGGGCAUCCUGAGCACUAUGGGCCUGAAGGACAGUAAAAUGUACGUCAUAAAUGGGCUGGUUAUGCUCUUCACGUUCUUCUGGUGCCGAGUAUUCCUGAUGCCGUAUGUUUGCUACUACUAUAGCCAGGUUGUGAAUCUGCCAUUUUUUGAGGCAAUUUGGCGUCUCCCCCGAGGUUGCAAGAUUAGUAUUCUGGCUCUGUUCCUGCCACAGCUUUACUGGUUCCGACUGAUGCUUAGAGGAGCUAUUAAGGUGUUCUUUAAGAACAAAAAAUCCGCUGGAAAUAACGCGGUAGCAAACGGUGCAGCUACCAAUGGAACCGGGUUAAAACCUUCGCAAUCCAAAGACAGUGAGAUAAGAUCGUUAAUGUAAGCAAAAGUAAAACUAUUCUGUCAAUCUUCGUUUCUAACUGUUCAAUGUUGAUUUAACCAUGCUUGUACGCGAUGGAGAGCGAUAUAUAAGAAAGUGUCAUUAUAUGGAUUUGUAAUCAUUUUUCUAGAUAUUGGAGCGAACAAAAAUAGUAUGGAUUUUGAACAAAAGCGUAGAAUAGCAUGGUUUUCUUCAUACCAAUAGGUUUUGUCAAGCUUCCCUCUAAUCUGACUAGUCAUAGACUUAAAAGCACAUUUGCAUCUAAGUGUUAUUUUCACCUGAAAGCAGAUGUGCACACUAAAAGGCUAACCAAAAGUCCGGCUGUUAGUGGCUGGAAGUCAUUGAUAGUGACGAUCUGUUCGUCAUUGGCAUUUUACUAGCGGUACAAUUCAUUUCUUAAAGGGAAACAUUACCUUAAAGUCUACACAUACUUUCCGUUACAGUACUAAAGUAGCAAGAAUGGUAUUUUUAUCACUUGCUUAUUGGAACUUAUACAAUGCAAUAGAUGAUAGAUUUCUUAACGCUGAUAGUAUAUUAAUUAGAACAAAUCCCGCAAAAUUUAUUCGAACAAAAAUUAAGUUGCUAAAUAAAAUUAUCUAACAAAAUUUUGAUAAAACUCUAACCCAACCACAUUUAAGUAGUUGGCUUCUCAGUGUACCAAUUUCUUUGCGAACAUAGCAUUUCGAGACAAAAAUGCAGCACGUGGUCAAAAGACCCAUCUAAAACUCAAACCUAUUGAAUAUCAAUGUGAAAGGAGCUUUCAUUUUUUUAGAAAUAUACACGUUUACAAAAUAUUUGGACGUAUUUUUAAUCGUAAGUGUGCAACCCGAAGAGCAUUUGUGCAAGAAGGCAUACACUGGGAAAAGAGCGGAGGUAAUCCGAGUAGGAAAUAUAAUAGAUAAGAUAGCGAUUAUACACACACACAUACACCCGACGCGCGCAGUUGAUUAUUGCCUGUUGAUCGAAACUACUAGAACGCUACUAUACUAGAAUGAUACAAAUUGAAGCCAAAAAUGUAGUGUUUACAGUGAUGAUGAUCGGACUUCAACACGCUGCUGGCUGUUAAUCCAAAAAAGCCCACCUUACCCCAUACGUGCGAAGACCUCUUCCAAGUAAUUUAUUAGGGACAAGGAAAAUCAACCCAAAUCAAACGGCAGACUAAAUCAUGUUCAGUGUCUAAUCAAAACCGAUCAUCAUGCAAAUUGAAGCGGGAGUAAAAUAUUGUAAUUGUUGUAUACAUGUUAUAUAUUGGAAGCCACCCGUGAUGUUAAAUGUUAAUAAGGGAAAACCAAAUGUUUAGAAGAUUGUAUAUUUUGGGUCUUACGGAAACAGAACACACAUUAUUGAUAGUAACAAGAAUUUAUCACCAAGAAAGAACAAACAACACAAUAAACCGAAUUGAAUCAAAAUAACCGAUGUUUUGUGUGAAUAAUGCUAGAUAUCGGCAAUAAAAUUGACUUUAAUCUGA